AUGUCUAUUUCAGAGUUAUUUGAAGAUGCACUGGAAAGUUUAGAUGAUGAUGAUGAUGAUGAUGACAAUCAUCAAAAAUCACAUCUAAAUAAACCAUCAUUAUCAAAAGUCCAUGACGAAUCAACAAUUGAUCUAGUACAAUCAUUAGUUGAAUGUCAGAAAAUUUCACAACUCAUAUUUGAAAAUCGUCUCAAUGAAGCACUGAGAAAAACUAAAGCACAAGAAAAUCGAUCUUUAUAUCACAGUUUAUUGCAUAGUUCCAUAAGUUUUAUGCAAGCCGGAAUGACAUUCAAUCAAGAUGAUAUUGAAGCUACAAUUCAAGCACUGCGUCACACAACAAACAUGUCAAAAAAAUACGAACCCUAUCGACCAUGGAUAACAUUUAGUUUAACAUCAAAACCUGUCAUGACUGAAUAUGAAUUGCAUGCAAAAUUAGUCUAUGCUGAAGCAUUACUUAUUCGAGCUUUAUUAACAUUUAUUCAAGAUCAAGGACUAUUUAGUUUUAUAAGCGGUGCUUUAAAAAUUAAAGAAUGUCAUGACCUAUUUGCGAAAUUAGCCAAAAAUAAUGAUCCGUCCCGAUUCUCAUCGAAUUUAUCCUAUGAACAUUUUGAUAGUGGAGUUCGAAUGGGUAAUGGAGCAUUUAAUUUGAUGAUUGCUAAUCUACCACAACGAAUUAUUCGGUGCCUGGAAUUUGCUGGUUUUUCUGGCGAUCGGGAUUUUGGUCUCAAUGAACUCGAGAAAAGUGCCAUGAGCAAAGGAUUACGGGCACCGUUAUCGGCUUUAUUGCUUCUUGGUUAUCACACAUAUGCUGCACAUAUUUUUGGAAAUGGUGAUGGUGAUCUUGAAAAAUCUGAUAUGCUAGUGGAACAUUAUUUAAAAAAUAAUCCGAAUGUAAGUCGUUAUGUUUUUUAUCCUAUUGAUAUAUUCGACCUGUUUGAGAAAGAAAAAGAGCAUUUCAUUAUCAUCUAUCCAUUUUAUGAGAUAGAGACGCUUUAUUUUAAUAGUUAA